GUGAGGUGAUGGUUCCGCUGAAGAGUGGUGGAAGAAAGAGAGACAGUAGGAGUUUGUAAUUAUCUCGAAAGAGCAAGCCCAGUUUGCGAAGGUCCUCACUAUAAAUCCCCAACCCCUCCGACUGUUGAAAAUCCCCCAAUCUCCAUUUUCAUUCAAAUUCAAAUUCAAGAGAAAUGUCGUCGAAAUGCAGCCAAAUAAGGCACAUUGUGCGGCUCCGGCAGAUGCUGCGGCGGUGGCGCAACAAGGCCCGGAUGUCGGCGAGGCGCGCGCCCUCGGACGUGCCGGCGGGGCACGUGGCGGUGUGCGUGGGCAGGAACUCGACGAGAUUCGUGGUGCGCGCGACCUACCUGAACCACCCGGUCUUCAAGAAGCUUCUCCUCCAGGCGGAGGAAGAGUACGGGUUCUCCAACGACGGUCCCUUAGCCAUCCCCUGCGACGAAACCCUCUUCCAGGAGAUUCUCCGCUUCAUCUCCCGAACCGAAUCCUCCAAACCCAACCGCUUCUUCAACCUCGAACUCGACGACUUCCGCCGACACUGCCACCUCGCCAUCGCCACCUGGCCCGACUCUCGACCGCUCCUGCACCUGCACGGCCCCUCUCACUCUCACAACACCUUUUGCUAACUUCCAAGCCCCAACUGCUCUUUUAACCCUCCUCUUCACUCACGCCAAAUUCUAAUGCUACAUACGAGAAACACAUUAUUAUAUAUUCCAUUGCCAACAUCUCAUUCCUGCCCCUAUUUUAUGUUAUCUUAGUCACACUCACACAUAUCCCCAUAACAACACGUACAAGAUUAUCACAGCUUUAUUUAUUUCAUGAUGUCUCAAGUGCGUGAAUUAACCGGUAUAAGAUUAUUUCAGUUUAAUUUGUGUCUUCUGGACAUGGAUCAACUGAUAUAAGACUGAUACAAGAUUAUUCCAAUUAAGUGGGUGACUUUAAUUUUUCUUCUGGAUUUUGGAUAUGCAUUUGUGUUAAAUAUUUGGAAAGAGAGUGGUAUGACCAAUAAUACUCUAUGAAAAAGAAUGUGGUCUAUGAAAAGAGAAAAAAAAGAGUUUUAGAAAGGUUUGGGAAUGUGGAUCCAGGAGAUGGCACAAGGGUGGGAGAGUAUGGAAAAUCCUCCACUGAGUCGUCCCGGGUUUGGAUCGGACUGGAGGCUGUGAUUUCAUGGCUAUUUUCAAGCUGAGAUAUGAGUCUCUUUUUUUGGGGUUUUCUUUUUUACUAUGGUAAGAUGUAAAGUAUGUAUGUGAAUGUAUUCGAUUUGAUUUGAUUUGAAGAAUGGAAAUGAAAUUGUAGAGAAAUUUCAAAUUGAAUUUCACCGUACUUUAUAAUUGUGUUUGACAGCGGUGUGUGUAUAAUAAUAGUGCCAUGUUUGACAACUAGUUAAUUUAAUUGACAAGUAUUUGUUGGUG